AUUGAGGGCACGUAACGUGGCUGCUCCACCCACUUUUACGUGCACUUUAAAGAAGAACAGUGCCAACGCGUACUCUUCAACUUAGGAUAAACUGGUGUACUCAAACAGAAAUCACUGCAGGCUUGGGAGAAUAUGCAGCUUCUCAUUUUAGGGACACUUGCCCUGUUUGUUGGGGUCACAGUUGCUGUGCCUGCACAGGAGAAGCGUGUACAUCAUAAGCCUGACCUCAGUGACCAUGUUCAUGAUGAUGCCCAUGGAUAUCAGUAUGACCACGAGGCCUUCCUGGGCAAAGAGGAAGCCAAGACCUUUGACCAGCUAAGCCCUGAGGAGAGCAAAGAGAGACUAGGAAAGAUUGUGGACAGGAUUGACACAGAUAAGGAUGGCUUCAUCAGUCAUGCUGAGCUGCACCACUGGAUCAAGCACAGGCAGAGGAGGUACAUCGAGGAGAACGUGGACAAGCACUGGAAAGAGUACGACCAGAACAAGGAUGGGAAGAUUGGCUGGAUCGAGUACAAGAACACCACCUAUGGAUAUUACAUGGAUGUAGAGUUUGAUGAUGUGGAGGAUAAGUCGAGUUACAAAGCCAUGCUCACUAGAGAUGAAAGACGGUUCAAGUCUGCAGACCGGGACGGGGACGGUGUUGCUACCCGAGAAGAGUUCACUGCCUUCCUCCAUCCAGAGGAGUUUGACCACAUGAGAGACAUUGUGAUACAGGAAACAAUUGAAGACAUUGACAAGAAUGGUGAUGGCAAGAUUGAUCUGCAGGAAUACAUUGGGGACAUGUUCAACGCUGAAAAUGGAGAGAAUGAACCAGAUUGGGUCACAACAGAAAAGAAACACUUCUCAGAGUUCAGAGACAUGAACAAGGAUGGUUUCCUUGAUGCCAAUGAAGUCUCUCAUUGGAUCCUCCCUGGAGAGGUGGACCAUGCUGAUAACGAGGCCCGGCAUCUCAUUCAUGAAACUGAUAAAGACAACGAUGACAAAAUCACAAAGAAGGAGAUUCUGGCAAACUGGAACAUGUUUGUCGGGAGCCAAGCAACUAAUUACGGAGAGGAUCUCACCAAAAGACAUGAUGAACUUUAAUGCUGGCAUAUCUGAGUACGGGGUGGGCAAUAUAUUUGCGGUGUAGGUGAGAAGACAGGAAACUGAAUAUGAAAAUAAAAGUGUUGGGUAGGAACAUUUCAGGGAUUAGGCUUCAGUGAAGAUAGGCAUCCUAGUGAGACAGAUAAAAGCUUUAUUUAUUGUUAAACACAUUUCGUCCAUUGAAACAAAACACAGUCCUUAUGAACAGACACUCCAGCUUGCUUAUUGUGCAGUAAUGGACUGAUAUCUUCCACUUGAGAGAUGCUCAGGAAUACAGCACUGAAUACAAGUCCAGUUGCAUCAGUAUUCAAAAUAACAUGACUGUUACGAAGUAAUUUUUUACAUUAGUGGUCAGUGAUUCCACACUCGAACAUAUCACUUACAUGAAAAAAGAGGCAUAGGUGCUGAGAAAUGAAGCCAGAGGGAGGGAAAGAGGGCCAGGGAUUCAAUAGACAGGAGGAGACCAAAGUGAUUGACUUUAUUGUUGGAACCUUUUUCUCUCUGUGAAUUCUUAAUAAAACCAUGUUAGUUUUUUAA